AUGGGUAGCUGCAUUAGCAGGGCUAAAGCUCAAAAAGAAAUUACUCGGGAAAUUCUGAACGAGAGCUUUCGAUUCAUUGACGGCAGGCGUUAUCAUAACAAUCCAAAUUCUCGAUAUGCUUUGCCGAAUGACGAUACUGAAAUAGACCGACUUCAGCAGCAACAUUUUUGCCUACGCUAUGCUUGGCAAGGAAACUUUCAUGCGCCCAUCAUGGAUUCCUUAAAAAAUAAUAACGUUGCUGUUUUGGAUGCAGGUUGCGGUUCGGGUGUUUGGUGUUUAGACAUGGCAACAGAAUGGCCAGAUGUGGAAUUUCUUGGACUUGAUAUUUCCCGAGUUUUUCCAGAAGAUAUAAAACCGAAAAACGUGAAAUUCGGUGAGCACAAUAUUCUAGAAAAAAUUCCAGUCGACGAUGGGCACUUUACAUUCAUUCACCAACGCUUUCUGUGUGGCGGAAUUCCGAUAGCAGAUUGGGAAGGAAAUAUUCUAAAAGAAUUCGCGAGAAUUUGUAAACCAGGAGGAUGGGUUGAAUUCUUGGAAAGUGAUGUGAAAUUUGUGUCACCGUCUCCAAACGCAGACUGGUUAUGGACCUCUUUCAUUAAGUUCUGGGAAUUGAGAGGGAUGGAUGUAAAUAUUGGCAUACAUUUAGAAGGUUAUUUGAUCAAGGAUGGGAAUUUUACCAAUAUUCAUCAUGAAACAUUAGACAUUCCAAUUGGAAGCUGGGGUGGAAGAUUGGGUCAAUUGAUUUCCGAAGAUCUACGUCUCGGACUUGGCGCAUUAAAAGUGCCAUUGGCCUCGAUUAUGGGUAUCACAGUGAAAGAAUACGAGAAUUUACUGGAAAAUUUCGAAGAAGAAGUAAAUGAAUACCAAACCUCUUGGCGGCAACAUCGUAUAUACGCGCAGAGAAUCACUUCACCGUAA